GAACCUCUCUGCUCUCUGCCCGACACUUUCCAAGCUCUCGUCCCGAGAUAGUUAAGAAGAGUGCGCUAAAUAUCAACAUUGUACAUAAACCAGGGAAUGAUUUCUAUGUGUUUCUCCAUACAACCGCUCGCGGAACUCGGCUUCAUCUUCGAUUGAUUGAGCCCGUAGGGGAUCAUCAGGGCCAAGAUGGCCUCAUCUAUGACCCGCAUACAAACGACCUCUUAUAGCAAAUUCGAAGACUUCCAGUAUAAGUACUUUUUAUCGAUAUGCGCAGCAUCGAUAGCGGAGACAGUGACAUACCCCCUGGACAUAGUCAAGACCCGUCUCCAAGUCCAGGGCGAGGAUCUGGCGAGAGGCAUACGGACGAAGAAGCCGAAGGGGUUCUUCAGCAUCGCCAUGGGGAUUAUCCGGAAGGAGGGCGUGGUCCAGUUAUGGCGCGGAAUCCCCCCAGCCAUCUAUCGUCACUUCAUCUACAGCGGGUGUCGAAUGACAAUCUACGAAGGGGUUCGGGAUGUCUACCUCGCCGAUCAGAAAUCCAAUCAAGUGUUGAAAAGUCUUUGCGUGGGAGUCUUCGCCGGAGGUCUGGGACAGUUCCUCGCCAGUCCCGUAGAUCUUGUCAAAGUCCGCAUGCAGAUGGAAGGUCGUAGACUUCUCCAGGGCCUUCCCCCCAGAGUCACGAGUACUUCGCAAGCGUUGCGAGACAUCAUCAAGGAAGGCGGGGUGCGCGGACUUUGGAAGGGCUGGGCACCGAAUGUCUAUCGAGCCGCCCUCGUCAACCUCGGAGACCUGACGACAUAUGAUCGGGCGAAACGUUUCAUUCUUGCCAACACCACUCUCGAGGACAACUAUGUCAGCCACUCAUUAGCAUCCUGUUGCUCAGGUUUUGUUGCGGCGAUCCUGGGCACGCCGGCGGACGUCAUACGAACCAGAGUCAUGAACCAGCCGACAGACGAAAGGGGCGCCGGUACGCUGUACAAGUCGUCGACAGAUUGUUUAGUGAAGACGUUCCGAAAAGAAGGCUUUUUCGCACUUUACAAAGGAUUCUUCCCCAUCUGGGCGAGGAUGGCACCCUGGUCUUUCACGUUCUGGGUUUCUUAUGAGGAACUCCGUCGAAUAGCUGGAGUAAAAAGUUUCUGA